AAAAACCAACGUUGGGCCUUUCUUUUUUUUUGUCUGAUUUGCAUCUUCACCCUCACCAGCCCAUCCUUUCCCUUCCCACUCUCACUCAUCAGGCCUCGUUCACGAUGCGCGGCAACACGCUCGCCACCAUCCUCGCCGCGGCUGGGGUCUUCCCCACGGCCCUGGCCCACUACAACUUCGAAAGCCUAGUGGUCAACGGCAAGACGACGGGCCCGUACGAGUACGUGCGGCGGACGACCAACUCCAACUCGCCCAUCGAGAACGUCCAGUCGCCGCACAUGGUGUGCAACCAGGGCGGGCUCGACGCCGGCAUCAUGGCCGCCACAAAGACCUACACGGUCGCACCCGGCGACGAGGUCGGCUUCAUGGUCAACUCCAACCUCGGCCACCCGGGCCCGCAGGCCGUCUACCUGUCGCGCGCGCCCGACGGCGUGGCCGCAAACCAGUACAAGGGCGAUGGCGACUGGUUCAAGGUCUACAGCCUGACCACCGCGAGCUUCUCCGCUUCCCAGGGCCCCGUCUGGGCCACCUUCCCCAACAGCCAGGGCAUCACGGGCUUCACCUUCAAGCUGCCCCAGAACCUGCCGCCGGGCGACUACCUGAUGCGCGCCGAGCACAUCGGCCUGCACGGCGCCGGGUCCGCGGGUGGCGCCCAGUUCUACAUCGGCUGCGCCCAGCUCAAGGUCACGGGCAGCGGCAGCGGCCGCCCGGGCCCGACGGUCAAGUUCCCGGGCGCCUACAAGGGCAGCGAGCCGGGAAUCCUCAUCAACAUCUACUGGCCGCCCCUGACGAGCUACACGGCGCCCGGCCCGGCCACCUGGCCCAACGCCUGUGAGGACCACACGCCCAACCUGGUCGGCAAGCCCAGCGACGGCGACUGCACCCCAAUGCGCGCCAGGCGGUCCGCACACUACUAAGAGGCGGCGGCGCCUGUUUGAGGGAGGGGGAGGGGGG